AUGCAGCGCAUUUUUGGUACAGCUAAAAAGGAGCCGGCACCGGAUCUUAACAAUGCCAUCGCCAAUGUCGAGUCGAGAAGUGACAGCAUUGACAAGAAGAUUCAGAAGCUCGAUGGAGAUCUUAUGAAGCUUCGAGACCAAAUGUCGAAAAUGCGUGAGGGUCCGAGCAAGAAUCUUAUCAAGCAGAAAGCCUUACGGUAAAAUUUCCCUCUUUUGACUUCACAAUCCUGAUGUAUUCCAGAAUCCUCAAGCAGAAGAGAAUGUAUGAAAACCAGAAGGGUCAACUUGAUCAGCAAGCAUUCAAUAUGGAUCAAAGCAAUUUUGCAAUUCAAGGAAUGAAAGACAACCAGGUUACGGUUGCUGCAAUGAAGGACGGACUAAAGACGAUGCAAAAGGAAUACAAGAAGAUGAACAUCGAUAAGAUUGAGGACCUUCAAGACCAAAUGGAAGACAUGCUGGAUCUGAACAACGAAAUUCAGGAGGCUAUGAGCAGACAGUAUGACACACCUGAUGUGAGUAAUUUCAAUUCCCUUGUGUUUUUGAAAAUGAUUUCUACAGAUUGAUGAGGCUGAUUUGGAGGCCGAGUUGGCUAUGUUAGGAGACGAAUUGGAUAUUGGAGAGAGCGACACGAAUUACUUGGAUGAAGCCCUCGCUGCGCCGACGGUUCCGAACGAUUUCCAGAAACCAAAGGCGAAAGUGGCAGAAGGGCUUGAAGUGGACGAGUUCGGACUGCCGAAACUUCCCGCCUAG